AGUAGGCCCAGAAACUUUCUCGAUGCGGAAAUGAGAGUGUGGUUUCUCUCUCUCUCUGGAGGUCGUGGCAUUGCUGGUUCUGAAUUCUCAGUUCCUCCUCCUCUUCUUCUUCUCCUUCGUCUCCGAUCUCUCGCCUUAGCUUCCCGUUCAGCCGUCGUCGCGUCGGAAUCCCAGAGAAGAUUUAAGAUUGACAAUAACUUUGGAGGGAAGCCAUUGACUGUCUUCGGUACUAGAAACCCUGAGGAGAUCCCAUGGGGUGGGACUGCGGCUGAAUUCAUUGUGGAAUCCACGGGAGAUAAGGAUAAAACUGCUGGCCUUUUGAAGGUUUGUUAUCUGCUCCUCUUUUGAUAUAAAGCAUCUGGCCUAUGGCUGAAGUUAAGGUACAUCAUAGUUAAGUUUACCUGUAUGAUCCAUGAGGUGCUUGUCAGAUGAUCUUCUUGAGAUUGUAACUGCGUUUUUUGCUUAAUUUCGCUUUAAAUGCGUUGUGUCUAGUCGCGUGUUAAUUUUUUGAGAAAGAAUAUUGGCCAUCACUUUUUGUAUCUUCCCUGUAUC